AUGAAGAAGGAAUUCGCCGUCCCCCCGGUGUUAUUCCCCUCCGGCGGCAACCCUACCGCCGUCGGAUCCAACAACAUCCAGCAACGCCGCGUCGCCACGGCGCCGUUUCAGCCCCCGCGCUCCUCGACCUCUUCCAUCCCCUUCAUGUCCUUCGACGUUGGUUCCGCCGCCACCUCGUCCUCCUCCUCCUCCCUCUUCGGCGGCCCGAUCGGAUCCUCCUCCGUCCCCGGCGGCUCCGCCACCUUCGAGGACGAGGAGCCCCUCCUUGACGAGCUCGGCAUCCACCCUGACCAAAUCUGGAGUAAAACCAAGUCCAUCCUCAACCCGUUCCGGUCCAACCCGGCGGUCCACAAGGACUCGGACCUCUCCGGGCCGAUCCUCCUCUACAUGUUACUCUGCCUAUUCCAACUCCUCGCCGGAAAAAUUCAGUUCGGCGUCAUACUCGGGUGGAUCGUCGUUUCAUCAAUUUUCCUCUACAUCGUCUUUAACAUGCUCGCCGGGCGUAACGGCAAUCUCGACCUGCACAGAUGUACGUCCGUAGUGGGGUAUUGUAUGCUGCCCGUGGUAAUCUUAUCAGCUGCCUCGCUCUUCGUCCCCCAAGGCGGCACCUUCAGGAUCGCCGUGGCUGCCGUCUUCGUCUUGUGGGCUACUAGGGUUUGCACAGGGCUCAUGGUUGCCCUUGCUGAUGGCGGCGACGAGCAUCGCGGCUUGAUAGCGUAUGCUUGUUUCUUGAUUUACACUCUGUUUUCGCUUCUUGUGAUAUUUUAGUGGAAUUGGCUGUGAAACAAUUUGGGUAUUGCAAAUUUUUGGUGGUUGGUUGAUAGUGCAUGGGUUAAAACAUCUUUGUAGCUGUGGAUUUAGGUGAAUGUGAUGUUGUGAAUUCGAAAUCUUAUGAAUGUAUGUUGGAAUAUGUAGAAAACGGAGAUAUCACAACGAAAGGAAUUAUCGUUUUUAGUCAGGAUUACUUGGAAAAAUGUUUUACCUCAUGAUUAUCACUUGUUAUAAAUGGAUUUUUCGUCCUGUAUUGUCUCAA